UUAACUAAAUGCUCAACAGUUUUAAUCGGGAAGUCAAGCAAGAAAGAAGCAGCUUGACUGACUCUAGAACCUCAUAUGUUGAUCAGUAUAAUUCAUAUUUAGAGAAAAUGGUUUUUGUUUGUGUGGACGAUUUUGAACAAAAAGCACACAGUGUGUUGGAAAAGAGUGCAUUAGAUUAUUAUCGUAGCGGUGCAGGAGAACAAUAUACAUUGCACUUGAAUCGUGAAGCUUUCAGAAGAUAAUAACUGAAUACCUUUCGACAAGAAGUGUGACCGUCAAAUAAAAAUAAAAAUAAAUAAACAAUAGGCACGUACACUUCUGUUAGGAGUUUGGCCAAGUUCCUCCUCCUAUUUGUGGAUGUGCGUCUUGACGUUGUUCGACAAAUGGAGGGACCUACAAUUUUAAGGCAACUCCGAACGGCAAAUUUUUUUAUGAGCAGCUUUUUCAUGGCAGAAGACACUUGGACGUUUGCCAUUGCCUGCCGAGGGCGACUGUUGUUAGAAAAAUUUUUUCUAUCAUUUUGCUAUUUCAUAAUUCGCAUACGUCCACGAUGUUUACGUGACGUUUCUCGAAUUAACACUAGUUGCAGUAUCUUAGGCAUUGACCUUAAAUGGCCUUUGGGUAUUGCGCCCACAGCUAUGCAAAAAUUGGCGCAUCCGGAAGGGGAGGGUGGAAGUGCACGUGCUGCAGGCAAUGCUGGUUCCAUCUAUAUACUGAGUACACUGUCCACAAUGUCUAUUGAGGAAGUCGCGACAGCGGCACCUAAUACCAAUAAGUGGUUUCAACUUUACGUUUACAGAGAUCGUUCCCUUACCGAACAAAUGGUACGCCGUGCCGAAAAGGCAAAUUUCAAAGCGAUCGUUCUAACCAUCGACGCACCAGUUUUUGGUCAGCGCCGCUCAGAUAUUCGUAAUAAAUUUAGCUUACCACCGCAUCUAAGUCUCGGCAAUUUCAAAGGGAUCAAAGCGGAUGGCGUACAUAGUAACGACAGAUCAACGUCCGGAAUCAACGCUUACGUUUCAAAACAAUUCGAUCCGACGCUAACGUGGAAGGAUGUGGCAUGGUUGGUAAAAUUAACUCGACUGCCAGUCAUUGUUAAGGGUGUACUAACACGCGAAGAUGCCGUAUUGGCUCGUGAAUUCGGUUGUGCCGGAAUAAUUGUCUCAAAUCAUGGUGCCCGACAAAUAGACACAGUGCCAGCGUCAAUUGAAGCACUUCCCGAGGUGGUCAAAGCAGUUGGUAACGAUUUGGUGGUAAUGUUGGAUGGAGGUGUAUCACAUGCCAAUGAUAUAUUCAAAGCACUGGCACUCGGUGCUAAAAUGGUAUUUGUGGGACGUGCUGCACUCUGGGGUCUGGCUUGUGGUGGUCAAAAGGGUGUUGAAGAGUUGCUAGGAGUUUUGCGAAAGGAUCUUGAAGUUACACUUGCUUUGGCUGGUUGUCAAAAGUUACUUGAUAUCACUGGAGAUAUGGUAGCGCAUGAGUCUACAUAUGCAAAAUUAUAAAGUGAAAUGUACAUUUGUGCCACUGUAUACAUAGGCCCGUAAUCAGCAUCCAUAGAAAAGCCGAAUUUAGUUAGGAAAAUACUGAAAAGAAAAGCCGUCUUUAUUUUUAAUCUUGUUAUUGUCAGUUUGGCGUAUGGUGCUAACUAAUAACGAUAUUUAGCGUGUGUUGGCAGCACUGGUAUACAACUUUUGUUUUGAAAGCAACAAUAAAUAAAAUUAAAUGUGGAUGUAUUCUUUGCAAUGUUUGCUGUUUAGAAUAUGACAGCAUUGAAGGUGAAACACAAAUAUAAGAAGAAGGAGCUAUAAAUAAUACACAUUUUCAAGACCCCGAUAUUACAAUUGAAAAUCGGCGAAAAAUAGCUUCUAAAUAGCUCAUUGUCGUAAUAAAGCGUAGCAUAAAAUUUAUCUCUGAAAGAAAAGCUUUUUCAAUUUACUUCAUAUAAUUUUAUAUAUACAUAUGUAACAUAUAUAUGACAAUUCAACCGUCGGUAAUACCAAUUACUAAAGGAUGUGCUGAUUAUAAAUUGAACCAGAUUAAUAUCAGGAUAUCAUCGGUGUUGUUGCAUUUGCGUGCAAAAUUUUUAUCCGUAGCCCGACUAUUGACCAUUAGAGCACAGCUAAUACUAAUCGGCAAAAUACGCAGGAGUGGCAACACCGCAAAAGUAACGAUGACAUGCUGGGGGGAAAAUAUCGUAAAUGGACCAAUGAAUAUAUUUUAUCGAUUUUUUUUAACUUGAAAAUUUUACACCAAAAGGUUUUCUUGUUAAAAAUCAUUAAAAAUAAGUUUUAAAAAAGUUUUUAUUUUUUAUACUAAGUGAAAUUUGAUAAUUGAUGUGAAAUGUUGUUCUUGAAAUACAAUUUGACUGUUUAUCGAUUAAUAGAUCACCUAUCCUCUGAAUACAGACCUAAAUCAAC